AUGGCUUCCAUCGUGCACAAGCUCGUUCGGGCAGCCCUAGCAUCACGCCCCAUUGGAGAUACUGCUGGUGGCAUCUCUCCGUGUCUCCCCCGGCUCUAUCUGACUGGCGAUUCCAUCCGUCGCAUGUCUGCAGCUGCAGACGGUUCCGAGUCAGAAGAAAAUCUCGCACUCAGCGGCUUUGCGGCAGACAUCGAUCCAGAAAAAACCUUUCCCCUGGUUGAUGAGAAUUCCAUUAAGUCCAAGGAAUCCCUGUGGGCCUUGUAUAAAUGCUGGUGCAAGUAUCGGGGGGUAUCUCGUGACCAUAAAGAAAUGACCCGCCGGUUCAGGUCAUUUAGGGCUCGUGCAAUGUCUGUGUACAAAAAUAACAAUUCUGGAUCGUCGCAAGUGUCGCAACUGGGCCCAUUUGCAGAUAUGACUAAGGCGGAGAUUGCUCGGCUGUUUCCUCCACGUAGUCCCAAGUGCCGCUUCGGGGGUCCAGGAGGUAGUGCAGCCCUUAAAUAA